CGCAGUCGCCCAAAUACCCAUUAUGGUAAAAUCCCGGCUCGCGCAUGACAUUUUGUCACUAACGAGACUUCAACCAGCGACCUCCCAUAAAGAAAGUCACCGGAUACCACUAGAGCAUUAGCCCUUUGUUGAUUUUGUCUAUAUAUGUAUACAUGUUCAAGUCUAGCACUCCAUUCAUGCACACUAAGGGUAACUUAUUAACGCUCUUAAUCAUAUAUUAAAGCAUGUCUAUAUCUUCAUCUGUUUCAGCCCUUAAUAAAAGUUUUAAGCAAAACCUUGUUCACAACACGGUGAACUUCAGUCCUAGCAUAUGGGGAGAUCAAUUUCUCAUAUAUAAUGAGAGAAAGGAUAUUGCUUGUGAGGAGCAACUGGCUAGGGAACUAAAAGAGAAAGUGCGGAAAGAGCUCCUGGUCGAAGGAUCAACAGGACCUACACAGCAUAUGAAGUUACUAGAACUUAUCGAUGUGGUCCAACGUCUUGGUGUAGCAUAUCAUUUAGAAGACGAAAUUGAGGAAUGUUUAAAGCAUAUUUAUGUUACCUAUGGGGCUAAGUGGAUCAACGAGAAUAACCUCGAAAGCACUUCACUGUGGUUCAGACUCCUACGACAACAUGGCUUCAAUGUUUCAAGUGGUAUUGUAUUGUUUGCAACUAAUUAUUUAUAUGUUUUCAAAUAGAUUAAAUGCAAAGAGUUGGCUAGAGUGAAAGAAGUUAAAUUGAUCUAAAGGGUGCAACUUUCAGAA